AUGGGCCAUAAUGAGGCGAUUUCAUUAUCAAACUUCAGUAUAGUUUUGAAAAACCUAAUAGUAAAUGUCUCGAAACUUGAUACUGCGUCAUCCUCUGCUCUUAUCACAGCAGUAUUGCAUUACAAAUGGUUGGAUAUUCCUCCGGCGUCAAGAAAGAAACCAGAUUUUAUGGUAUUCUUGGAGUUCUAUGCUCAAUUUCUUGGAGUUCUUGUAUCCUCGUUUCCGAAAUAUCUCCACGAGGUUAUCAAAAAGUUAAUCAAGGAAUUUCCGGACAUAGCUGAUGACACAUACCCUCAUCACACAAUUCUUCGAAAGAUCAUUAACUUCACUCCUACAUGCAUCAGCUCGAUCCCACCGGUGUUGGCAAAGAAUUUACCUCAUCAUCUUUCGGCGAGCACUAACGAAAUUACGAAUUACAUGAGAAAUGCUAUGAAAGUCAUUUCAUACUGCCCAGACUUGCAGUUCAGCAUUUGGCAACUAGUUGUCGAGUGUUGUAUCAAGUUGGACGUGGAGUUGCAAAAUGAGUUGGACAACUUGGAUGACGAUAGCAUCGAGGAGUUGAUAAAUGGUGAUGCAAAUGAGUUUGAAGAGAAUCUGGAUUUUGAAAACCUAGAUGAUGAAGAUGAUGAAGAUGGGGAAGUGUACACUAUGACUUCAACCAAGAAUAUCAAGAAAAUGGUUUCCAAACUCGACUCAGCAUUAGAAUUGCUUCUCCAAAUGACAUCCAGUUCUUUCACGAGGGAAGAGAUUGAAAAUGGGAACGGAGUUACACUUUUCAAUACCCUCACAUCCUUAUUCAGAUCCCACAUAUUACCUACGCAUUUUACCAAAUCGAUUCAAUUCCUCUUGUUUCACAUUUCUCAAUAUCAACCCGAGUUGGCGGACGCUUACUUGGUAUUGCUUAUUGAUGUUGCAUUCAAUCCGAACGAGACUACUGAAAAGAGGCUUAAAGCAUUACAAUAUUUGUCAUCAUACAUUGCGAGAGCGAAAAAUCUCACAAAGCAUCAGAUUGUUUUCAUCGCAAGUUAUCUCAUUGGAUGGCUCAACAAGUAUAUCACCGAACGUGAACAUGAGGUUUUUGAUUUUGACAACGAAAACUCAUCUGGAGGUAUGGAACGCUUUAAGUUGUUUUAUGCAACAUUUCAAGCAUUGCUCUACAUCUUUUGUUUCAGACAUAAACAUUUGAUCAAACUGGCUGAUGAUAUAGCAAAUGGAGAUAGCGAGUGGGAAUGUGAUAUCGACAGGUUUUUUCAAAGAGUCAUCAUUGCCAAAUUCAACCCUUUAAAAUAUUGUGACGAGACUGUUGUUUUCAUUUUUGCUAAAAUUGCCACAAAACUCAAUGUAUGCUACUGUUACUCGAUCAUCGAGCACAACAAGAGAGAACGGAUGUUGCAAAGUAAUUCAACGCUUCCCUCUGCAGUUGGAAAUUCAGGC